AUGAAGGAAGAAUUAGAAUAGCUACUAAUAAUUUAUUCGAAUCAAACUCAAUCCAAAGUAAAAUUAGUUGAUUACAAUCAGGCUUUAUUUUAAUAUAACAUUGAGUUUGAACAGUAAUCAUUAGAAAUCCUUCCUUAGAAGAUACAUAGUCCUUUAGGAAUUAGUCAAAUUGAAAAGAAGUAUCGAUGGGCAUUCAAAAAUUGGUUUUGUUCAAGAUGCUAAAACAAUAGUAUCAAACCUACAGAAGAAAAAUUUGAUGAAAAAAGAAAAUGUAAGAAACUAAUUAAAAUAAGUUAAAAUUUAGCCUUUAUGAAUGAGUUGCUGGCCAUAUAAGUAAUUGAUUAGCAGAAGAAAACGUGA